UUGGUUAUAUUUACAACAAAAAUAAAUUAAAAUUAAUUAUAAAAAUGGAAAUAGAUAAUGACUUGCCAAGCAGUGUCCAAGCUAGGUUUAAAUCGGACACUGGAGAAGAAACUGGUAGUCCCUUGGAUUUACCAUUAAAUAUAAAUAAAGACCAACUAACACUGAUUUGCAAUGCUUUAUUAAAAGAGGAAGACAAACAUUUUUUGUUUUUUGUCAAAGAUACUGAAAUAACGUCAACUUUAAAAGAAGCUUUAGACGUUGCUACAUUGAAUUCUGAAGAAGUUGUAGAAAUUAUAUAUCAACAGCAGGCAGUGUUUAAAGUAAGACCAGUUACACGAUGCACAAGCUCCAUUCCUGGUCAUGCAGAAGCUGUUAUAUCGACCAGCUUUAGUCCAUCAGGAAAACAUUUAGCCAGUGGUUCUGGUGACACAACUGUAAGAUUUUGGGAUUUAAAUACACAAACACCACUACAUGUCUGUAAAGGUCACACAAACUGGGUUUUGUGUAUAAGUUGGUCACCAGAUGGCUCAAAGCUUGCGUCAGCUUGUAAACAUGGCAGAAUUAUACUUUGGGAUCCAGUAACAGGGAAUCAAGUUGGCAAAACUAUGAUUGGGCAUAAACAAUGGGUUACUGCUUUGGCUUGGGAGCCUUAUAUCAGAAACCCAGAAUGUCGUAAGUUAGCUAGUUCAUCAAAAGAUGGAGAUGUCAGAAUAUGGGACACAGUGACAGGACAAACAAUUUUAAGUCUAACAGGACAUUCUAAAGCAGUGACUUGUGUGAAGUGGGGGGGAACAGGACUUAUUUAUACAUCAUCUCAGGAUAGAACUAUAAAGGUUUGGAGAGCAGAAGAUGGAAUACUUUGUAGAACUUUAGAAGGCCAUGCUCACUGGGUAAACACUUUAGCUCUGAGUACAGACUAUGUACUUCGAACGGGUCCUUUUCACCCAAUAUUAGAUAGACUUGAUGCUACAAAUGAUAAGACCAUCUUACAACAGCGUGCACUACAAAGAUAUGAAGAAACAUGCUCUCGGGGUGAUGAGAGGCUAGUUUCAGGCUCUGAUGAUUUUACUCUGUUUCUUUGGCUACCAGAAAAAGAAAAACGACCCUUAGCCAGAAUGACUGGCCAUCAGCAGCUUAUCAAUGAUGUUAAAUUUUCACCCGAUGCUAGGAUUAUUGCUUCAGCAUCAUUUGAUAAAUCUGUAAAAUUAUGGGAAUCUUUAACUGGUAAAUUUAUAACAACUCUAAGAGGACAUGUUCAAGCAGUGUACAUGGUUGCUUGGUCUGCAGAUUCUAGACUUUUGUUAAGUUCUAGUGCUGAUUCAACAUUGAAAGUGUGGAGUUUAAAAACGAAAAAACUUGAGUUAGAUUUACCAGGACAUGCUGAUGAGGUAUAUGCAGUUGAUUGGUCACCUGAUGGUACAUAUGUAGCUUCAGGGGGAAAAGAUAAAGUGCUUAAACUGUGGCAGCACUGAAGAAAAAAGAAUCAAUAAGAACAAAUUAUUUUAUUGAGAAGAUACAUUUGUAUUAUUUCUUACUAAUAUAAAACAAAAACUAAA